UGCUGGUCGAGUUUGAGGAUAUAUCGAUGAUAUCUUUGCCUUUGACUUUGAUACUCUUCUACACUUCUGGAGAAUAGUGUAGAGGGAGUGCAUUUGAUUAUGUAGAUAACAUAUUCUCUUUCAGCAGCGUUUUGCUUUUGGGCCACGUAGCGUGAAUCUAGACGAGCUUGUGAGGAGGCUGAAGCAUUUUUCUUCUGAUUGGCCAUAAUGGACGCAAACGAAAUCCUAUCAGUUGUGUUUGGCAGCUUGAUGCCAGAACGAUGGAAGGGCAACGAAGACGCAGCAUCAUAUGUUGACAAGCUGACUUCUCUGGGCGUAGAUAAGCUGGCGCGCGAGCCCGAACGUUUACAGGAAGAGAAAGCUCACAUCCUGUCUGAGACAAGAGAUUUGGCUUUUCACAACUACAAAACUUUCAUCGAGACUGCUGAGUGUUCGAAGGAGGUGUUUCAGGAUUUCCAGUCUGUUGAACGGCAUCUGGAUGGUUUGCUUGGUCGCCUGCCGACAUUUGGCGAUGCAUGCAAAACCCUUGGAGAUGCAGCCAAGGACAUAAAUGCACGCCGUCGAAUCAACUCACUCACCCUGGCGAGACAUACGCAGUUGCUGGAAAUCCUGGAGAUUCCUCAGUUGAUGGAUACCUGUGUUCGUAACAGCUACUAUGAAGAAGCACUGGAACUGUCAGCGUAUGUGCGGCAGUUGAAGCAGAAGUUUAGCUCUAUUUCCAUUGUUGCCGAUAUCGUGUCGGAAGUGGACAGUUGCUCUCGACUCAUGUUGCAGCAGCUACUGCAGCAGCUGCGGGGUGCUAUUCAACUGCCAGCAUGCCUCAAGAUCAUAGGCUACUUGCGGAGACUGGAUGUUUUCUCCGAGAUCGAACUGCGACUGAAAUUUCUUCAAGCACGCGACUCAUGGUUCCAGAGUCAGGUGAAUUCGGUUCCUGUGGAGAAUGCGUACCAGCACAUCACCAAGAUCAUUGAGCUGUGUCGAGUUUACAUUUUCGAUGUUAUCACCCAAUACCGUGCCAUCUUCUCGGAUGACUCUGAGCUUCUGCUACGGCCAACAUCUUCUGGAUCUACGCAGCAGAAUGCCAGCGGUAUAUUUCAUUCGUGGCUCGUGACGAAAGUCAGUUGGUUCCUUGCAGUGCUUGGCGCUGAUCUGAAAGCUGGUGUUGGCAGCCGAUUGGACUCCUUACUUGGCCAAUGCAUGUACUUUGGCUUGUCGCUGGGUAGAAUUGGAACAGAUUUUCGCUCGCUGCUUCCGCCACUGUUCCAGGAGGCGGCACUGACAGCGUUUCGUCAGAACACGGAUGCCGCAAUGUCGGCGUUUCGCUCCGCUUUGUCUCACUACACCCUUGCGUCAUCGGUCCUUCUACAUGCUCACUCUAACCUGCUGUCAUCAGCCCUGGCCGCUAGUAGUAGCACAGGAGUGUCUGUCGGUCUUGCACCGAAUCAGCUACUGGAGUUUCCACCACUGGCAUCGCUCAGCAAUGGACUGACAACAGCAUUCAAUGAGCUACGCCCUUGUGCACCUUUGGCCAUCGCUCCAGACGUGGUGGAUUGCCUGGAGCACUGCCUGUCAUCCGUAGCCACAAGCCUGCAGGCGUACCACCAGACCGAAUCAUCGUCCAUAACUGACAGUGAAGCCGAGGUCUUCUCUCGUCUUUGCACUAGCUAUGUUCAUACUCUGGUGCCCCUUGUUCAGGCUACUGUGGAGCGCCUCUUCCCGAAAGAAUCCCUGCUACAUGCAACGGGCAACGUGAUGUCGGCCAGCACGCUGGACUCCGAGCUCAUACGCGCCAUGACACUGGACGUCGCAGCGAUAUCAGCACCGCUGUCUUGUCAUAUCCGUCUACCCGAUGCUCCCGUUGUUCCAGAUUCCACAGGUAGCACCAGUAGUCUCCUGCUGGCCCCAGAGGAAACAAGCACACCUCAUGGAGCUACUAAGCCCGACAGUGAUCAUGCCACUGGCACUAGCACUGGAAAUUUAGUUACUAUAGAUCCCGAAUCUCAUUCCGCCCCACCCGCUGGUGAACAGAAUGCAGAGCAAGUGCAGGAGCAAGGUGACCAAGAGCCGGAAAGCGACCCUCCAGCAAUAGACACAACCAGCACAGCAGCAACAACAACAGCAGCAGCAGCGCAAACACCACCAGCACAGAGUACUGCAGCCAGCUCACAAUAACCUCACAGUAACAUUGCUGCAGAGCCAGCAUAUUACGGACACGUGGCCCAAUGAACCCAACACGUCACUUAGAACUUGAGAUCAUCGUCAUCAGCAGGAUGAACUACCCCAUCAUUUCUAAAUUUUAAAGCAUGAUAGAACACAGUGAAAAGAAUGCUCUUAACUCAGAAUAAAUUAACUUUCCACUGUAGCAUCAGAA